ACAUCAGUGAUUUCUUUUUGUAAAACGCACUGGAAGGGAAGCUCGCAAAUUUAAUUUUAUUUGCCUAGAAGCCUUAAAAUAAUAUUAUAUAUUUUAAAACGAUAAAACAUAAUUAAAUGGUUAAGUUUUGAAUUGGAGUAGCGCUAUAAACAAAAUUUGUAUAUAAGUGCUCGGUUCUAUCUGGAGCAAAACUGCAAAUCAAAACUUUACCUGUAACAUACAAACAUACACGUAAACAGCACAUACGUUUCAUUCAGAUCGUAAGUCGUAUCCGGAGCAGCUGCAUAUUAAGUCGGCAAGAGAAAAUCUCUUGUCUUUGCGCCUGUUCCUCAAACAGCAAGGGUUUGUGCAACAACAACCACAUUAAAAUAAUAAUUUGAACUCCAGCUCGUGCAACAACUACACCGUUGCGAAGAGUUGCAGCUGUAAAAGCCGGGUAGUUACAUACUUUUCAUACAUACAUAUACCUAUGUGCCGGCCUUGCAGUUUGCUCUGAGUGGCCUGCUGUCUGCAAACUGUGUGUCUGCUGUGCAUAAUCGUCAAGGUUUUCGUAUUUCAACGAUUCUGUUCAGUCUGAGAGCGCACAUCCAGCAGUCAUCAACGCACCGCAUCACCAGCACGGAACGAGAUAUUUAAAAUUUUGUAAAAUAAUUACUUAUUUGUUGGUAUUACCACUUGUGCCAACAACUGUGGUCUUAGCCAGCCUAGACACCAACUCGUAACAUCAUUUAGAACGAGUCUCCAUCUUUUACUGGAGAUUUCGUCCCACUAAGCAGCUAUAUUGCAUUGCACGUCUGUCGCUUGGCAUCCACACAUCGCUUUCCGUUCCGUUUGGUGUCUGUGCGUGAGUGUGUGCACAUUUGUCUGCCUAUACGCGCCCGUAUAAAAUAGUUGUGCCGUGCCUUUUUGUAGUCGUCGCGAUCUGUGUCGUUGUCGUGUCCAUUGUCGGUUCCCGUACCCAUAACCAUAUUCAGUCGGUAUUGUCGGUAUCAUUACUGUGGUCGUGUAUCUCUGGUCUACGGAAUUCACUGUGUCGUAUUUUCGUUUGUGCGAAUUGUUGCUGCUGUUUUUGCCACACAUUUGCAAAAACAAGCAACUUAAAAUACGAAACUCAACUUCGAUCUCCUACAACAAGAGUAACUUCGUCAUUUGUGCAGCGAGAAGAGUAACGAAACGAAUUUUAAAACGUACAUUGCCGGUUGUGAACUUCGUUCUUGUGUGUCUAUAUCAUCAUCAAUUUCAUUGUGGUGGCAAGAGCGAGCCAGCCAGCGCCACAUUCACACUAACAGCGACAGCAGGAAGACGACAUAUUGCGAAAAUUUAAAUAUAUAUACUUUUUUGAUCACAUUGAAAAAGCGGAAGCUAGAGUUAACUAGACGCCUACCUAGCGAAAAUUUUCAUACGGUGAAUCUCAGACAAGUUUUUACAUUCCGGUUUCUUUCGCUACUAUUUAUUUAAAUGGUUAAUAUGGAAAACGCCGAAGAAGUUAUGCAAAUUCUGGAGCGCUUCACGCGUCUAAAGCAAAAGGAGAUACCCAAGGAGCUGGAUGAUUAUUUGCAGUAUGUGGCAAAAACCGGUGAUACGGUCUUCAAAUGGGCAAGCCUGAAAUAUUUAUUCCGGGAGAAAUUGCUCAAUGUGAUUAAACAUUUCCACGAUACCUCGCCGCGUGUUGAUGAGAUUCCUCAGUAUCCGAACGUUGAUCCUUUUAAUUAUGAGAGCAUGAAAUCUUCGCUGUUGGAGCGUCUGGAAUUAUUCAAUGCCGCACCAUUUACCAUUCAGCGUUUGUGUGAGCUUCUGAUUGAUCCGCGUAAACAAUACAGUCGCAUUGAUAAAUUUAUGCGUGCUCUUGAAAAGAACAUUUUAGUAGUGAGCACUAUCGAACCCGGUCGUAAACGCACUGAGAGUGAGAACGGCGAUUCAUUGGAUUCAGUGGUUAACGGUGAUUUGUCGCUGGAUGUCAACGUCGAUAUUGAUAUGGAGAAUGAAUCUUUGUUCAAUAUGGAGGCACAAAACGGCAAUGGCACUGGCAACGGUAAUGGCACAUCUACGGCAGCAGAUGGUAGUGCGUCACCAGAGUCUGAGGUGAAAGAGAAGCCCGUAGUGACUGAGACAGCUACCAAGCAUCCUACAACUGAUGAUGACAUUUUGCCGAACCCGAAGAAGGCAAAGCUGGAUUUGGAUGAAAAAGAUGAAAAGGUUUCUGAAAAGACUGAAGGCGAACAGAGUGGUGUUUCGGUGGAAAAGGAUGAAAGCAAGUCGCAAGUUGACGAUGCUGCUAAAUCCAAAGAAACCGAAAAAGUUGAUAGCGAACCGGCUGCAGAGGUGACUAAGCCGUCCGUAGAGGAUGCAGAAAUGGUAGAGGUGGAUAAUAAAGAAAAAGAAACGAUGGAAAAUAAAGAAGACUCAAACAAAGACGAAGAAGUAGAGAAGAAGGAUGUGGUAGACAAAGCGGAUGAGAAAGAGGUUGAAAAGGACGUGAAAAAAGAGGUUGAGACUAAAGCGGCUGUUGAAAGCAAUAAUAAAGAAGCCGCUAAGGAAGAAACUGCAAGUUCCGAUGAAAAAGUAGCUGCGGAAGAAGUGGAUGCUGUAAAACAGAAGGAAAACAUUGCCGAGUCGGAAACCGAUUCCAAAGUAACUAAAGAAGAUGAGAAAAUCGUUGAGAAACAAGAGAUUGAGAAGGGCGAAAAGGAGGUAGUUGUAGCAGCUGCCACAGCCACUACUAAGACUGUUGAUGAAUCCGCUGCGGUUGAUGCCAAGAAAUCAGCAGAACCAGCAGCAGAGUCCGAAGCGGUUGUUAGUGACAGUGAUAAAGAUAGUGCUAAACCCGUAGACAAAGUUGAGGAGGAAACGGCGCCUGUUAAAGCCAACGAGGGCGUUGCUGAAUCCAAGGCAGAAGUUUCGACCAGCACACCGGAAAAAGAUGAGGUUGCGCCACAGACCACGACUGCUGAAGCUGAAGCUGAAGCUGUCGCCACUGAAGCGAAAGAGCCUGCUGUUGAACCAAAAGCCACAUCUGAGGUGACCGACUCCACUGCCACGCAAACAAAAGUAACCGAAAAGACUGAGAGCAAUGUUGAAACCGCUGCUGGGUCGGAAAAGCCGGCUGAAGAAAAAGUAGUUGAAGCUGUUACGACCACGUCCAACGAGGCGGAAGCUGUAGUGGCUGAGCAGUCCACUGCUGAUUCUGCAAGUAAACCCGCCGUAGAAGGAACCGAAACGGUUACUGUUGCGCCAGCCGAUGACGAAAACAAAGAAGCUGCUCCUGCUGCUACAGCCACUGCAGCUAAAGCCAGCGAAGCUGAAGUUCCAACAACCGCUGAAGCUGUAGAAAGCACAACUGCUGACAGUGCUAAUGUGGCAGAAAAGAGCGAAGUUGUCGCACCCGUUGCAACUACCACACCGGCCGAAGACACCGCCGAAGCUAUUCCUGCUGCUACACCAACAGCCACUCCACUAACCACACCGACAUUAGCACUCAACGAUCAACCCAUGGACGAUGUGCCGAUUGAAGAGGCCCAACCCGCUGUUAAUGAAGUUGUUAUGGCUGAGACAAACGCUGCCACCGAAAUGGCCACUGACGCAAAUGAACCACCAGCACCAUCCAAGGACGAACCCGCUGGCAUGGAGGUGGAUGACACCAGUCAGGAGGCCAUGGAUCAGUAAUUUUAUGGCAGCAUAUAAUCAACUACACAAUAAUAUUUUUCACACGCAUACAAUACGACAAAGAACAUUUUAAUUGUGAAA